GUCAGUGACUUUUCCUCCCAAGUGUAGCCAGCAACAAGGUAGUGAGUGUACAUCACACCCGGGCUGACGCGUGAUUACCAAGGGAAAAAAAUUAAAAGGGGCGAUAAACGCACGAAACAUUCAAGGCAAUGCCCCUUUUGUUGUCAGCGAGCGUUUUCUAAGUGUUUGAUUAGUUUGAAUCUACCUACAUUUUUGGAGGAUGAUACCACAAUGAAGAACGUUAGCCAAAUUUGGCGUUUUAGCUAGUUAAGUGUCAUAUAUGGCUAGCUAGCCCGCCUAGCUAUAUAUUUUAGCCAGCUAUCUAACGUUAGCCAUACUUGUUAGCUAGGUGGUCACGGCUAGCAAAUACAACACAAGCUAGCUACAGUACAGUAGCUUGCUAUCCUAGCUAGAUAAAGCGAGUACUUUUUUUUGCUUUUAAUCUUCGUCGUGUUUUGCCGUUUGACAGCUAGUUAGAAAUUUAGUUAACAAGCAGAUGGACAGUUUCACAGAGGCUCUGUCACUACUCGCACGUUUUAUGGUCUUGGUUCUGGGGCGGCUAGGCGUAGCAUGAGACUGUACAGAUGUGGCAGCCAAGUUUGUCCCCGGGUCUUGGGUUGGUAAGCACACGGUAAUUUAAAUGCGUUGGAAGAGUCGUUGCUAGAGAACUACGACAUUUAGUUAGAAAUAUAUUGGUCAUGUUUGGACUGAAACGCUAACUAUCCUGUUGACUGUGAAGAGCUAGCUAGCGAUUGUCGAGUUUAACUGGGCCAUAUUAGCUAGUUGUAUCUGCCUUGACUAGAGACUUACAAGCUGUCACAUAUUUGGUGUAACUGCCCAAUGCUAGCUCGCGCAAAGGCGUCCUCAAGAGGCCAAACUUCGUAGCUAGCUGGUUACAUUUGUUGCAUCCACACCACUCAUUUUUACCCUUGGACUGUACAUUCGGAUUUACAAAGGGAAUUGGGACAAUUAUUUGUUAUUAAGUGUGAGGUGUGGGCGCCGCAUUCAAGUCUGGCGUUUAAAUACUGCGGUGAUGACUUUAGAAUCCAUGAUGGGUUGUUGCCUGAGCGAGGAGGCGAAGGAGUCCAAACGAAUCAACGCCGAGAUCGAUAAGCAGCUCCGUCGAGACAAGCGAGACGCGAGGAGGGAACUUAAACUUCUUUUGUUGGGCACUGGUGAAAGCGGCAAGAGCACCUUCAUCAAACAGAUGCGCAUCAUCCACGGGACGGGCUACACCGACGAGGACAAAAGAGGCUUCACCAAACUGGUCUAUCAGAACAUCUUCACCUCCAUGCAGUCCAUGAUCCGGGCCUCUGAGACCCUCAAGAUCCAGUACAAGUAUGAACAGAACAAGUCCAACGCGCUGCUGGUGCGCGAGGUGGACGUGGAGAAGGUGUGUUCUUUUGAACAACCCUACAUCAGUGCAAUAAAGAUGCUGUGGACAGACCCUGGUAUCCAGGAGGCCUAUGACCGUAGACGUGAAUAUCAGCUCUCGGACUCCACCAAAUAUUACCUUACAGAUUUAGAGCGAAUAGUGACCGCGGGUUACGUUCCCACUCAGCAGGAUGUGCUGCGGGUUCGAGUGCCCACUACUGGCAUCAUUGAGUACCCUUUUGACCUGGAGAAUGUAAUCUUCAGCUAUCUAAGCGAUCUGGAUCGUAUUGCCGAACCAAACUAUCUACCAACCCAACAAGAUGUGCUUAGGGUUCGCAUUCCCACCACAGGGAUCAUUGAAUACCCUUUCGACUUGCAAAGCAUCAUUUUCAGGAUGGUGGAUGUAGGGGGUCAGAGGUCAGAGAGGAGGAAGUGGAUCCACUGCUUUGAGAACGUCACGUCCAUCAUGUUCCUGGUGGCCCUCAGCGAGUAUGACCAGGUCUUGGUGGAGUCUGACAAUGAGAAUCGGAUGGAGGAGAGUAAGGCUUUGUUCCGGACCAUCAUCACAUAUCCCUGGUUCCAGAACUCCUCAGUCAUCCUGUUCCUCAACAAGAAGGACCUCUUAGAGGAGAAGAUAAUCUACUCCCACCUGGUCGACUACUUCCCUGAGUUUGAUGGUCCGCAGAGAGACGCCCAGGCGGGCCGGGAGUUUAUCCUGAAGAUGUUUGUGGACUUGAACCCGGACAGCGACAAGAUCAUCUACUCCCACUUCACCUGCGCCACGGACACUGAGAACAUCCGCUUUGUGUUCGCGGCUGUCAAAGACACCAUCCUGCAGCUCAACCUCAAAGAGUACAACUUGGUUUGAGAGAGAAGUUGAGCGAGAGAGAGACCUGCAGCCCACGCACAGCAGAGUGCACAUCUAUACACCAACAAAUUAAACAGUACACAGUUCUGCACUAAAAUACGCAUGUGAACACAUGCACCAAUAUAAAUACACACACACUCUUAAUAGAUCCCAGGCUCUAUCCACCCAUGGCCCCAACAUCCUCCUGCUCCUUGUCUAUGGUUUAAUUGGGUGUGUUUUUUCAGUUCCAGUCACCCCCCCCCCCAUUCCUCUCUUCCUAUUGCAGCCUAUGCCCCUCCUGAUGACACACACACACACACACACACACACACACACACACACACACAUCUGCUCCAAGGCUGUCAUGACCUGCCUGGGUGGUUGACAGGUCUCAUUUGUCAUCCGAUGUGGCUCAGGCCUCUGGGUCACCCCUCUUAAAGGAGCGGGGGGGUAGUAGAGGUCUGUUUUGAUUUGGUGGCUUGUGUGAUUUAAAGGAAGGAAAGCUGAGGUUUUGGAGAACAGUAAAAGCUGGUGUCAUCAUCCCCCCUUCACCUCUGCCUGCAGGGUAGGAGUGAGGGCCGGGGACCCACCAGUCUGCAGGGGGGUUGUGGAUAACUGCAUAGAAUUGAAUCAGAGCAGGGGCAGGUGGUGCUGAGGUGUGUUGGGAAGCUCUACUCUACAUGGUAUUUUGAGGUGUGUGGAAAAACACACACCUCCCCCAGACUGGAAGACACCUUGCACUGUUGAAUGUAAAAAGUGUGUGUAAUACAAGCAAGAGGAUGCUCACACACAGACAGAGCAAGGGUGGGAGAGAUUAAGUAAAUUGAUCUGUGUAUAUUAAGAAUGGUUUUAGUUUAUUGAUUACUACAAUUGCUACUACUGCUUUCCAGCUAACUUAAGUCACAAGUUGGUCCUCCACACACAAUGUCAGUGCAGCUUCUUUUUGGAAAGGCAUUGGAUAUUUGUUUCCUAUUUGGCCAAUAUUUUGAGAAACAGUAGUGAUUAUUAAGAGUAAAUAAUAUUUUUUUAAUUUGUUUAAUUUAUGGACCAGAUCUCUAGAUGUUGUUGGUCUGACUUUUCCUCCCUGCUUCCUUCCAUCCAGGUGUCUCCAUCAGAUGGGGAGGGGGAGGGUUCAUACUGCUGUAAAAACAUGUUUUGUCUGCAAGUCAUCUACCUUUCGUUAGAGACUUCAUACUUUGUUGCAGUUCUGUUCCGUUUCAAUUUUGAAAUGCUUGAGAAGAUUAAUUUCUAUUUAGGGUUGGCGCUUUAUGCAAAUAGUAAAAUAAGACACUUAUCAGUGGUUGAAGUUUUAACUGGUCCAUGCUUGCAUUUUUUUAAAUGUAAGAUUUUUGUUUGGUUUUCUUUUUUAUCCCAUAUCUUAUCUCUUGCUUGGUUAGAGUUCUUAAGAUUCCAUAGCUAACAAUGUCAAUAGAUUUGCUAUUUUGUUUUCGCAACAUAAUUCAGGUGAGUUUUCAUUACUAGGGCUACUACUAGCAAAGUUGACAGAAUGUAAAGACUAUAUGGAUGAUAUAGUGCCAGGGAGCCAGAUGGAAGGCUAUUGCCACAGGUUCAGAGUGCGAACUGUCCAGGGACACCAGUUAGCAUUGGAGGAUGACUUCUGCUGGAUAUUUGCCUGUAAACUUUUAACAGCCUGUUUGGGCCCAGAGCAGAGCCUAGUAAAACCACAAGGUGAUGGGGGUCUCACAGCUGCCUGUCUCAGCCAAUCUUCAGUGUGCUCUUCCUUUUCCACCGGACAAUCAUGUCUUCUUCAGCGUGACUUUACUCCAUUGUUGUGGGUAGUUAGUUUUACAUCCCCUGCUAAUCAUGUUUCUAUGCUUCACCUUUUGUACACUAAGAAUGACCAUGACUGGGAUUGGACAGGGGUAUUUUGUAGAAAGACGUUUGAUUGCCACAGUGCUAUUUGCACUCCAAAGAGCUUUGGGUUAGAAUGGUCAGGUGAAACUUAACAGAAAAACUUUAGUUUUGACAGACAUGACAAACUUGUUGUUCAUAUCUUGUAUGUUUGGUGCCAAGUAUUUCUCAUUCUACAUGGCAAGUAAUUACCCUGCUAAGUUAUCUGUGCUCUGUUUAAGCUCUAGCUGUGCAUUUACAAGUAUAUUGAACCUAGGGAUGUUUUGGGUAUAUCCUGAGUAUACUCUUCAGUCCCCUUUACUAAUAUGUCCACUGUAUACUAGUCUGGCUGAAAGAUCCAACUUUUACCUUCCCUAUACGUUGCCUCAUAACAUAAACACAUUUACAUUUACAUUUAAGUCAUUUAGCAGACGCUCUUAUCCAGAGCGACUUACAAAUUGGUGCAUUCACCUUAUGACCUCCAGUGGAACAGCCACUUUACAAUAGUGCAUCUAAAUCUUUA